AUAGACGAGACAGACCUUACCUGUAGUCAUUCACCUUGCUACUCCCGUGGCAUCGCGUGACACACUCCCCAGGACACAAGGGAAUUUUGGAUUAACACCGAGAAAAGACAGAGAAAAUCGGAUGAAGAUCAUGUACUUCUGGACAUAUAUUCUCUAAUUAUUAUCAUUUUUAGCGUUGUCUGUCAUAUGCUUUAAUUUUGACAAAGAAAGUGAUUUCGUAUGGUGCGCGGCUACGGGACGGUACCUGUAUUGGUGGGUCCUGCUAUGAGUCAAGUUCAAAACGCGUAAAAUUGUGAGAUUCUAACAAGAUGUCAAAGUCCUCGGAUCAGUUUGAAGACCCCGACUGUGUUUCUUCCUUUGGUAUGAAGUUAACGUGGGAUAUCAACGACCCAAAGCUGCCUCUGGUAGGCUAAUGUAAACGUUUUGCAUACGCCAGUUGACGCUAUUAUUUAGAAUAUAUUCAAUGACAGCUAUUUAAAAUACCAAAUUAUAUAGCAUUUGAUAGCCUAUGAAAUAAAAUUAGGUCACGGUUGAAUUGAAUAAAUCAGUUUCAAUUUGUAAAGAUAUGCAGAGUUAAUGAUAAUUAGUUGUCACGCAUAUUGUCAUGAUUUGCCUUAUAGCCUACGCUUUCAUUGCUCAGAUAUCAAAUAACAUAUAUUAAUUUGCAGUUUGUGUGCAUAUCUCAGGAAUAUUCUAUUCAUUGGCCUGUAGUUUUCGUUUUAACCUUAUUAUCAAUUUUAAUAGAAAGCACUUAAAUAAUGAAUCUAUCAAAAUCUAUAUUUUUCCGUAAUUCUGACAGGACACAAAGCAGUAUGACGCUUUCCAGGAGUGGACGGAUGGGUAUGUUCGUUACAUCUACACCGGCGAGGAUAAGAACGCACAGCGGCACCUGAGCGGAUGGGCCAUGCGGAACACCAACAACCACAACUGUCAGAUUCUCAAGAAGUCCUGCCUGGGCGUCGUAGUCUGUGGCCGAAACUGCACCCUGGCUGACGGAAGCAAACUCCAGCUCCGACCGGCUAUCUGCGACAAAGCACGACAAAAACAACAAAGUGAGUAAACGCAUUAUGCACAGCUGUCAUGCAUGGUGUACACUUGCCGACGCGUCUCAUCGGGAAAAAGAAGGAAGACAUUAAUGCAGUUGUUUAUGUUGAAUCAAGUAAUUGCCUAAUGUCUAAAUAAACAAUGUAAUUAUUAUCAAAGCUUAGUGAGCUCAGUUAAAUUAUUCAUAAUGGUAGCCUAAUUAUUGGGCCUGUCGAUAUUGUAGACUGUUUUUGAGAAUUAAACUUAACACCUGGUAACACUUGGUACAUCUGACUCAUUGAUUCAGCAUCGUCAUGACCUUGAUACACUAUAGAAAUGCGACACAUUGUGCUUCAUCAUCAUACCCUGUAGAUAGAUACUCAACCCGUGAGAAUAGCCUACAAGAGCAUCCAAGAUGUAUGAAAAACGGCAUAGUAUUUACUUUGUAAAAAGUGUAUUUACUUUGUAAAAAGUGUACAUAACAAAAUUAUAAUAAAAUAAUAAACUCAAAGCUUUAUAUUCAGAACACCUUCUUAUUAAACAAUUUCAGAUAUUGUUGGUCUGACAAAAAAAAAAUAUAUAUAUAAAUAAUUAAAAAUAAUAGCCCUCAUAGUAAAUGUGUUUUUUUUUUUGUGUAAAAAAUGUAUUAAUCAGUAUUCACUUUUAACCACUCUCCACAUAAUAGCCUAUUCUUCUCCUCACAUCCAGCACAGUAUAAUAUUUCAUAAAUAAACUUACAAUACUUGAAUACAAAAUCACUUCUAUACUAUUAGCCAACAUGGCUUUGUUUAAAACUGUGUGGUUGUGUGUAUUGGUGGUUGUUCUCCAGAGAAGCUGUGCCCCAGCUGUAACUCUGCCCUGGAGCUGAUGCCAUGCAGAGGACACAGUGGCUAUCCCGUCACCAACUUCUGGAGAAUAGAUGGAAAAGCUAUAUUCUUCCAGGUUUGUGGGCUAAUAUUCUGAAUUGAGAGGUAACAUGUUUGCAGGUCUCCCUAUUAACAGUUAAGCAUUGUUUAAUAGUCUGUCACCAUUAAUAAACUGUUUGUUAAUCAUUGCAUAUCAAUUGUUAAUACAAUACAAUUGUUCAUACAAUAAUGAAUGUACAGUAAUGUAAUGUACAGUACAGCAGAUCUUAUACAUGUAUUUACUUAACAAUGUAUGUUUAUUAGCUGUUUAUAAGCAGACCUUCAAGUACUGUAAACUUAAGUGUUGAGUUUUUAAUAUUUCUAUUUUGUGAUAUUAGGCAAUAAAUUAUAAUUUAGCAUGCCUUCAUGGAUUGGAUUUUUUGUUAGUGAAAUCUAAAGACAUUAGUUAAUUAAAGUAAAAAACAAACAAACCAUUUUUGGUUAUGAGCUUCUGUGCAAAACAUUCCCACACAGAUAUUACAAUUUAUUUAGUUAAGAGUAAUCCUAAAUGUGACCAAAGAUGUUUCUCAUUUCAAGAAAGUAACAUCCUAGUAUGUAUUGAUGUGAUUGCAGGCUAAGGGAGUCCAUGACCACCCCAGACCAGAGAGUAAGUCUGAGACGGAGGUCCGGAGGAGUGCAGUGAAGAGGAGGAUGUCUUCUCCACACUUCUCCCAGAAGAGGAGGUUGAUGGAGCCAGAUGUAAGAAACUUUGACCUCAAUAGUCAUAUAUCUAUACUGAACAAAAAUACAAACGCAACAAGCAACAAUUUCAUUGAUUUUACUGAGUCACAGUUCAUAUGAGGAAAUCAGUCAAUUGAAAUAAAUUCCUUAGGCCCUGAUCUAUGGAUUUCACAUGACUGGGAAUACAGAUAUAUAUCUGUUGGUCACAGAUACCUUAAAAAAAAGGGCCUCACAAUGGGCCUCAGGAUCUCUUCACUGUAUUUUUGUGCAUUUAAAUUGCCAUCGAUAAAAUGCAAUUGUGUUCAUUGUCCGUAGCUUAUGCAUGCCCAUAACAUUACCCCACUGCCACCAUGAGGCACUCUGUUCACAACGUUGACAUCAGCAAACCGCUCGCCUACACGACGCCAUACACGUAGUCUGCGGUUAUGAGGCCGGUUGGACGUACUGCCAAAUUCUCUAAAACGACAUUGGAUGCGGCUUAUGGUAGAGAAUUGAACAUUCAAUUAUCUAGCAACAGCUCUGGUGGGCAUUCCUGCAGUCAGCAAGCCAAUUGCAUGCCCCCUCAAAACUUGAGACAUCUGUGGCAUUGUGUUGUGUGACAAAACUGCACAUUUCAGAGUGGCCUUUAUUGUCCCCAGGACAAGGUGCACCUGUGUAAUGAUCAUGCUGUUUAAUCAGCUUCUUGAUAUGCCACACCUGUCAGGUGGAUGGAUUAUCUUGGCAAAGGAUAAAUACUCCCUAACAGGGAUUUAAACAAAUUUGUGCGCAAAAUUUGAGAUAAAUAAGCUUUUUUGCUUUAGGAAAAUUUCUGGGAUCUUUUAUUUCAGCUCAUGAAACAUGGGACCAACACUUUACAUGUUGCAUUUAUAUUUUUGUUCAGUGUACUCUGAAUCUUUACCUGCUCAGCCAGAGGUGGAUGGUUCCUCUCAAAGUUUUUUCCUUGCCACUGUUGCCUUUGCUUUCUCGUUGUGGUGGUUUAGUUUGGGUGGCAGAUACAGUAAGCGCUUUAUGACCUGCACUUCUAAUACUGUAAAAGCCCUUCUUUGCACAUACAAUGUGAUUGAAAAGUAAAAUACUCACAAAAUACCCACAUGCCAUUUAUUCCAUUGGUAGAUGCAGUGGACUUUCUUUGCCUAGCCUAUCACUAAUAUGUACUGUUUCUUCUUCAGACCGGGAGAUACCACGACCUGGGCGCUCCUUUCCCCAACCUGCACCAGCUGUCCUGCAUGGAGGGCCCGGACCGUUUUAGCAUCAUUGCUGAGUCCAACUUCCCCAUCCAGACCCAGCACUACCCGCCCUUCCAGAACCCUGAGCCCUACAAGUUUGCCUACGACUCCCACGCCAACAUGGGCGAGGCCCCAUCCACACUCCAGAAGCAGGCCAACCACCGUCUGUACAUGCCCCGGCCUCCAUGUGGCUACGACUUUGCCGUGCCGAGCUAUUUAGGCUCGGGCUCCUACACGGCCCUCUAUAAGGACCCCAGUAGCCCCCAGGCAGAGGCCCCUGAGCCCAGCAAGGUGAGCUCAGGUCUGGGUACCAGCACUGCCACACCCCACACCACCGGUGCCCUCUCGGGCCACGACCGCAACAGCUACGACACGACCAGCAAGCACCACGGCUGGAAACAGAUCUUGGGCAAGGGGACGUACAGCGAGCGGGGCGAGUACGGACAGUAUCCUGGCAACACCAACCACCACUACUACAACAGUGAGUACCCGUGCAGGUACCCUGUCCCAGCGCCAGCCACGCCCGCUGCCCUGCAGACCAUCAUCACCACCACCACCAAAGUGUCCUACCAGCCUUGCCCCAAGCCCUCCGUGGUCAAGUACGGCGACAACAUCUACGACGUCAAGGGCCUGCCCAGCUGCAGCUCCCUGCUCGAGGACACCUCGCCCACCUCUUACUCCGAUCUCAAGAUUCCUGAAGAUUCCGGGGUCAUCAAGUCGGCACUGUCGUACCAGCCGGAAACCCUGCCAGCCAAAAUCGAGAGGGCUGAGAACUUUGACACUUACCGUUACGGCAACUACGCGUCCAACAGCUAUCCUGACAGGGUUUCUCAUCCAUUUAGAUAUGACGGAGGAGACUACUGA